AUGGAAACAGUUGGUUCCCGUGAUUUGGCAUCAUCAAGUUGUGGAAAGGCUGAAUUGUUAUUCGAAAACAACAAGGGUAUGGUUAUUGAUGAUAAGAACCAAAAAGUAGUUGUCGUCGAUCAAGUAUACAAGGAUAAAGAUACAUUAAAAGCUGUGAUGGUGAAUUAUGCAAUUACAAACAGGUUCAACUAUCGUGCAGAAAGGAGUAAUGCAAUAAGCUACACACUUGUGUGCGUAUCAGGAGAGUGUGAUUGGAAAUUUAGGGCGUCAAGUGUAGGUAAGUCAGGAAUGUUUAGAGUUAGGGAGUUUCAAGACAAACAUACAUGUCCGUUAAAGGAAAAGGUUUAUUCCCAAUGCCAAGCUACAAGUCGGUUGAUAAGUGAGAUUGUCAAACCAAAAAUAUCAAACCAUAAGAGGAAAUAUACGCCUAAAGACAUUGCGGAGGACGUCAAAAGUGAUUUUGGAAUGGAUGUUUCAUACAUGGUUGCUUGGCAGGCCAAAGAAAAGGCGAUGAACGAUUUAAUGGGUGAACUGGCUGAAUCUUAUAAAAGAUUACCUGGAUAUCUAUACAUAUUGGAUAAGACUUACCCGGGUUCACAUAUCAGAAUGCGUAAAAUCCGCGAAAAUGAAUUUCUGUAUGUUUUUAUAGCACUGUAUGCAUUUAUCAAAGGCUUUGAUUAUUGUCGGCCAAUUGUGGUAGUUGAUGGAAGCCACUUAAAAACACCAUACAAUGGAACAUUUGUCUCGGCAAGCACAUUGGGCGGUGCAGGCAACAUACUUCCCUUAGCAUAUGGUGUGAUUGAUUCUGAGAAUGACAGAUCAUGGACAUGGUUUUUUGAGCGUUUCAGAGAAACAUAUGGAAUUAGAGAGAAUUUGUGUAUCGUAUCAGAUAGGCAUGAAAGUAUAAACAAGGCUGUUUGUAGAAUUUAUCCAGAAGUUGCACAUUAUGCAUGUAUAUGGCAUCUGUGGGGUAAUGUAGAACUGUCAACCGAAUUCGUGUACACAGUACAUGAUGGAGGAAGGCGAUUCAUUCUUAAUUUGAAUAGCAAAACUUGCAGUUGUCUUGCUGAUGAUUAUUGCUCUGAUUUGUUCAAACCGGAGACCGUGUUGAAGACAUAUGAUGUACCUGUGGACCCUCUACCCGACGAGCGUGAAUGGAACAUUCCCAAAAACAUCUUGGAGGAUGUGGUUUUGCCACCAAGAUACAAGAAACCGCCUGGUAGGCCAAAGAAGAGGCGUGAUAAGCCUUUAAGUGAAUUGUUGUUUGGAAAGAGCAGACAUGCUUGCAGUACUUGUGGACAACUUGGGCACAACAGACGUUCAUGUAGUUUUGAGCCUCUAAGGAAGUGA